AUCAAAUCGUAAACAAAAAAGAGAAUCAAGACAAUUUUUUAUAAAUAAAUCUAAUGGUAAUAAUAAUCCAUAUUGGAAUCAUGCAGUUACUAAUAAAUUGUUAAGACGUCGAUCAAGACGAUUAACACAUCUUUAUUCAUCAUCAUCAUCAUCAUCAUCACCAUCAAAAUUAUCAUCAUCAACAUCAUCUUUUAAUAUUAAUCAUUUAACACCAUCGUUGCCAUCAUAUUCACAAUCAUCAUCAUCAUCAUUAUCAUCAUUACCAUCGGCAACAUCAUUAAUGAUAAUUAAAUCAAAGCCACCUAAAAUGGCUUCAUUGUCUUCCUUAUAUUCAACUAAUGGAAAUUCUUAUUAUCCAUUACAUACAUCAUCAAAUGCUGUUAGUGGACAACAGAAUCGUUUGAAAAUUUUAUUAAAUCCACCACCGGCUGGUUUUGGUGCAAAUCUAGUACCAAAUAAAAAGUGUAACUAUGAAAUCUAUCCAUCCGGUUGUUUUGAUGAAAAUGGAUCAUUAUGUGACAAUGAUGGUAUGUGUAUUUGUCGUCCUGGUUAUCUAAUACAGAUAGCCAAUCUAUAUUGUUUACGACCAUCAUUUAUUGGUGAAGCAUGUUAUACUACUGAACAAUGUGAAAGAAAAGUUAACAAUUCUGGUUGUUUUAAUUAUCGUGAAGAAUAUCGUGAAGAAAAUCCAAGUGCCUUUUUUGGACCAUCACAAAGUUCAUGGCCAAUGGGUGAAUGUCGUUGUCGUAUUGGACAUCGUUUUGAUGAACGAUUGAAUGCCUGUGUUCGAAGUAUUAUCGGCAGCUGGUGUUCAAAUGUAUGGGAUUGUGAAAUGGCUGAUGAAGAUCUUGAACAUAUCGAAUCCGGAGGUCAUCGAUCAAAUCGUACUGGCGGAUAUACACAUCAAUCACAUAUACAUUCAUUAUCAUCAUCAUCAUCAUCAUCAAUAACUACAUCACAUUCAGCAUUGGCAAGCACAAGUCGUAAUAAAAUAGCCAAUCUUGUAUGCGAAAAUAAUAUCUGUAAUUGUAGUCAAUUUUUUUAUUAUAAUAAAACAGCUGAAGAAUGUCAAUAUGUUGAAACUUAUGGACAUUUAUGUCAAACAUUUGCUACAAUAACAAAUGAAAUAAAUUCAGCAAAUAUAAUUAAUGAUAAAAAUUCAUAUUAUAUAAAUCCAUCAAAACGAAGCAUACGAUUCCGGAAUCGACGUGUUCGACAAUUGGUAACAAAAUCAUUACAACAACAACAACAACAACAAUCCGAACAACAACAACAACAUGAACAACAACACGAACAACAUGAACAAUUGACAAGCACAACAAAUCCAAUUUAUAAUGAAAAUCAAUUAAAUUUAGAUAAUAACAAUCGACGACAAUAUCAUCAUAUUGAUCGUUCGAUUCGUUCAUUAUUACGUGAUAAGUUUGUUGAUGAUUUUGAUGGUUCAUCAUCAUCAUCAUCAUUAUCAUCAUUUGAAUGUAAUUAUCCUACAAUAUGUUCAACAAAUAAAACAUGUAUCUGUGCAGAUGGUUAUGAACAUCAACCAACAAUGAUACCACAAUGUCAACGUAUUGGUGCACAUUAUACACAUUAUUUUCAUAGUGGUUCAUCAAUACGUUCAAUGAAAGGUCCGGAUGGUUUUCCACAUGAUCGUUCAUCAUAUCAUGAAGGUUCAUCAAAUGUUGCAAAUUUUUUUGAAUAUGUUUUAUAUUUUUUAGUACCCGGUUUGAUUAUUAUAUUUAUUUUUAAACCAUGUUUUCGUCGUAUUGGUGCAUGGCGUAAUCAUAUACAUCAAUAUCAAUCAGAUAGUGAUUUCUAUCUGGCAACAACAGCCAAUGGAAGACCAGUUAUUGCUGAAAUGAGUGUUCUUCCACCAUGUUCAGCAACGGGUACUGGUGUUGUUAAUGCUGCUGUUGCUGCUGCUGGUGGUGUUAAUACAAGUGAAAAACCAAAUAUAUUAGCCGGAAAUACGGCAACAACAAUGCCUACAGUUGGUGAUGUUUAUUCAAAUGAAUUUGCAUCAUUUGCUGCAUUUGCACCACAUUUAGUUUGUCAUAAUGCAUAUCUAUUUGAUUCAACUGAUCCUUGUUAUGCAACACCGAUUAGUAGUUAUGGUUGUCAUCCACCAACCAUACCACCAACAGUGCCAAAUAAUCAACAACAACAAGCAGCAUCAAUGGCAUUGGUACGAGAAAAAUUACAAACAAUUGAAGAAUCACAAUCCGAAGAUGGAUCAACACAGAUGAAUAAUUUUUCUAAUAGUAAUAGUAUGAAUAAUCAGAGUUUAAUAGCUGAAUCUUGUGUUGAUUGUGUGACAACAGCGACAACAACAACAAAUAAUAAUAAUAUUGUUGAUCAACAAUUGAAAGCUAAUGGUGAUCAAUCAAAUAUACAAAAUCAAUCAGGCAAUAUAUAUCAAGAUUAUAGAAAAAAUGAUGAUGAUGAUAAUAAUAAUAAUAAUAACAAUGAUUCAAAUAAAACAAAUAUUAUCGAUAUUAUUGUUGACAAGUCAAACAGAUGUGAUUCAAAUAUAAUCGAUAAUAAUAAU